AUGCCGCCCCGAAGUUCGCUAAAGAAACACGACACGGCCGCAGAGUCACGCUCACAGAAAGCACGACGUCAACGUACUACUACAAAUGUACGCAAGGAUAAACGCCGUGCUACUGUACAAACCAAACGGCGACGUUUAAUGUCAGCUGAUCAGCCACCGCUUACAGGCCGCAGCAUUGCUGAAUUGGUGCAGAUUCUUGGAGACACGACUAAUGUAUCGAUUGCUAAGAGCCAGGCACGUUUUGAUACACUGAAGGAAAUUCGCGUGUUGCUGGCGACCUACGAAAAGGACUACAAACAGGUUGAGGAGAUCAUCGAGUCUGGGAUUGUGCCAAUCAUGGUAUCGCUGCUAAACUCGGCGUCACCACUUGUCAGUGCUACACGUGCGGGAGGAGAAGUGUACCGUGAGAUCAUGUGGUGUUUGAUUAAUAUUACUAGUGGCCAGUAUGAGCACACAAAACUAGUGCUACCGGCAGUGCCUCGACUGUUACAAUUUUUAGAAGGGUCCAAUCAUUUGUUGGCUGAGCACGCCGCUUGGGUGCUUGGUAAUAUUGCAGCAGACUGCGAGGAGUUUCGCCAGCAUCUUAUUACUAAUGGAGCUGUGGUGCCAUUGGUAAAGAGAUUGAGUAAUCCUAGCGAGAGGGAAUUAGCUAAAAUCAGUGCAUGGGCACUGUCAAAUUUGGCUCGUGGUUUCGAAACUUCAUCCAAGUCUUUUGUUGAUGCUGGUAUUAUUCCUGUGGUCGUUAAUGGGCUGUUGCAGCCCAGCUCAGCCAUUACUUUCAGUGAGGAGAUUGUGGUGGAAGUUGCGUGGUUGUUGAGCUUUUUAUCGGCACGAGAAGAAGAGUAUCUGAAGCUGAUGCUGGAGAAUGGGCUCGUGGAAUUGCUGCUGUCGUAUUUCUCGACCAAUAAUGAGCUAUUACUGACUCCAAUUUUGCGCGUGUUCGGUAAUAUUUGCUGUGGUUCGCCGGACCAUCAUACGGAUGCAUGGCAAAUGCCACACGUUCGUCGUUUAUUGAGUGCAGACUCUGUAGUUUUGCCAAAGUUGCGUGAGUUUCUACAGCCGCAGCAAGCAGGAGUGCAACAGAAAUCAUUAGCGGCUGAAGCAGCGUGGGUGGUUUCUAACCUGGCGGCAACUGACGCGUCUGUCGUAGAACUGCUGAUGCAGGCACAGUUACUUCCGCUAUUGGGCCAGCAGUUUAUAGAUGGCAGCUAUGAGGUACGACGCGAGGUGGCAUUUGCGCUCACCAAUAUCGCUUUAACCAGUGCAGGACACAUGAAGGAUGUGCUGGCACUGGGUGUUGUAAAAGGCUUUUUGCAUUUGCUUACCGUCGCUGAUGUUGGCAUCGUUGGUAAUUCGCUACGCUUUAUCGAGAACGUGUUGCGUGUAGCGCCUGACGGAGUUUCACUCGUUGAGGCAAACGAAGGCAUUGACGCACUGGAAACUGUACAAUUUGAGUGCAACGAGGAGCAUUUAUCGCAGUGGGCAGGCGCGCUAGUCAACGAAUUCUACGGAGAAAAUUACGGCGUCAAUUCGCCUCCAAAUGCCGCUGGAGCAUCUAUUGGUUUUGAUGUGCGGUCAGGAGAUUCCGUUCAGUUCUCAUUUGGUGCUCAUGAGGAGGCACCAAUUUUAAGUUCUGGAGGUCGAGGUCGUGGAGUGCAUAUGACCACACCAGCGUGGAAAAAGUAA